AUGUGGAGGAUUUUUUGCAUUCCAAUAACACAACCUGGUAUUGCACUGAAAGCAGAUGCUGGUGUUUAUGAUAUUGCUACAUUACAAGCUGUUGCUUUGCAUGAUACUGUUGAAGAUACUAAUACAACAUUUGACGAGGUGACUGCAAAAUUAUGGACACUAAUAAUUACUACAUUGUAUUCGAGUAUUCAAGGUGAAUACCGUACCUAG